AUGAGCGACGAAGGCGAUGGCGGCAGCUGCCCCGUCAUCGGUUCUGCCGCUUUGGUGUUGGCCGAACUUGACUGGGACGAUGGGUUCGCCAUUCCCGUGGCUAACGAAGAAAACAAGGCGCUGGAGGAAGAGUUGCAAAAGUUGCAAAAAGAAAAAGCAAAUUUGCAAAGUCAGUUGUCCGACUAUGAAGACCGUGUUACAGCAAUGUCCUCACACUUGAAAAAUGUCAAACAGGAGUUUGAUUUGACACAAUCUCUUUUCAGAGCCAGGCAGAAUGAAAUAGAAACUGAGCAGCAUUUUAAAGCUGUUGCAGAGAGAGAAGUGGGCCGCCUGAAGACUGAGAUUCAAAAGCUGGAAAAUGAUGUGGUUUCACUAAGAGAGAAGAAAAAUAGUCAGGAAAAUAAUGUUUUCAAGCUGAGUCAGAAACUGGAAGCCUUAAGGUCCCAAAUGAACUGGGACCAACAAGCUUUAGAGGCUUGGUUGGAAGAAUCUGCUCAUAAAGAUAAUGAUGCACUUACAAUCCAGAAAUAUGCACAACAAGAUGAUGGAAAAUUAAGA